AUGUUGCCAAGGUUCGAUCCAACAAACCCAAAAGCUUGCUUGUCACUUCUUGAGGAUGUAACCACCAACGUAAAGCAGAUUCAAGAUUCCGUGUUGGAAUCGAUACUUUCACGUAAUGCUCAAACCGAAUACCUUAGAGGUUUUCUCAACGGUCAACUCGAUAAGCAUAGUUUCAAGAAGAACCUACCCAUUGUGCACUAUGAAGAUUAUCGGUCUUAUAUCGAUCGUGUCGCUAAUGGAGAGCCCUUUGAUCUCAUUUGUGAUCGACCCUUCAGUCUAUUCCUGGCCAGCACGGGUACGUCAGGAGGAGUUCCAAAGUUGCUUCCAUUGACAGCAGAGGCAAUGGAACAGAGGAUAUUGUUUGCAUCUCUCUAUGCACCUCUAGUCUUCAAGCACAUCGAAGGGGUUAGCGAAGGAAAAUCUCUCAUGUUUUAUUUUGUGACCCGAGAAAGCGAGACUGCCUCUGGGUUUCCGGUUAGGUUUAUGUUCACUUGUGUUUUGAAAAGCGUGAAUCCAACCAACUCUUUUCUUUGGGAUCGAGUGCAGAUAAGCCCGCAUGCGAUUGCGACUUGUGAAGACACUGCUCAGGGCAUGUACUGCCAGUUGCUUUGUGGGCUUCUACAACGAGAAAACGUAGCUCGGCUCGGUGCACCUUUUGCUUCUUCCUUCCUCAAAGUAAUCAACUUCUUGGAAGAUCACUGGGAUGAGUUAUGCUCCAACAUAAGGACUGGCCAGCUCAGCGACUGGAUCACAGAACCCCAAUGUGUGUCAGGGAUUGGUAAGUUCCUCACCGCUCCAAAUCCUGACCUAGCGAGCCUGGUUGAGCAAGAAUGUAGUAAAACAUCAUGGGAGGGAAUACUGAGGAGACUAUGGCCAAAAGCGAAAUGCAUUGAAGCCGUCGCUACCGGCUCCAUGGCACAGUAUACCCCACUGCUGGAAUUCUAUGGCGGCGGUCUUCCUUUGAUUUCAUCGUCUUACGGCAGCUCUGAAUGUUUCCUUGGUAUCAAUGUCAGUCCUCUGUCCAAGCCUUGUGAUGUGUCGUACACAAUCAUUCCAAAUAUGGGCUACUUCGAAUUCUUGGAGGUCGAGAAAGACCAUCAAGAAGGUUGUGUUGAUCCCUCUGCGGUCGUUGAUCUAGUCGAUGUAAAAAUCGGUCAUGAUUAUGAACUUAUUAUCACGACAUUUUCUGGUUUGUAUAGGUACCGUUUGGGGGACGUUUUACGAGUGACUGGUUUUUACAACAAUGCGCCGCAGUUUUAUUACGUUAGAAGACAGAAAGUUGUUCUGAGCGUCGACGUGGACAAGACCAACGAAGAAGACCUGCUCAAGGCAGUGACGAACGCGACGCUCUUGCUCAAGCAGCAUGACCUGAUGCUCAUGGACUUCACUAGCCGUGUGGAUUCCUCCACGUUCCCAGGACACUAUGUGGUCUAUUGGGAACUCGGGAGCAAAUUCAAGGACGCAAAGAUCGAGCCUGACCGCGACGUCUUGGAAGAAUGCUGCUUCGCCAUUGAGGAGUCUCUGGACUCCGUUUACAGAAAAUUAAGAAAGCAUGAUAAGAACAUUGGACCGCUUGAGAUUAAGGUUGUUAGGCGUGGCGCUUUCGACGAGCUCAUGAAUUUUUUCCUGUCUCGAGGCUCUUCUUUGAGUCAGUACAAGACUCCAAGGUUGGUGACGAGUGAAGAAGCUUUGAAGAUAUUAGAUGCGGCGGUUGUUUCCGAGUUUCUUAGCCCGAGAACUCCGUCGUGGGAGCCACGUGAGAUGCACACCGGCCGAUAA